AUGCUCCCGGAGCCCAAGUAUGACCGCUUCCGCGACGAGCCGCUGACCGCCCCCAUGCCGUCGCCGGCCCCCGCGCCGUGCCCCGCGGCGGGCGAGGAGCCCGAGCACGGCACCACCUUCUGCGCGCUGCUGCCGCGGAUGCCGCAGUGGAAGUUCCCCGGCUCCAGCGGCUUCCUCGGCCGCGGCCCCGCCGGCGCCGCCCGGGAUGCCCCCGCCGCGGCGGAGUCCCCCUCGGGGCUGGCCGCCGUCCUGGGCGCCUGCGAGCCGCUCUGCGCCGCGCCCUGCGCGCUGCCGGGCGGCGGGAGGGCGCGGGGGACGGCGGGGCGGGCGCGGGGGGCGGCGGCGCCGGCGGGGGCCCGGCCCGGCGGGGACGAGUGGAGCCGCAAGGGCAGCUUCAUCCGCAAACCGGCGCAGGGCUGGCUGCACCCCGACGAGCGGGUGCUGGGGCCCGGCGUCUCCUACAUUGUCCGGUACAUGGGGUGCAUUGAGGUGCUGCGCUCCAUGAGGUCCCUCGACUUCAACACCCGGACACAGGUCACCAGGGAAGCCAUCAACAGACUCUAUGAGGCAGUGCCGGGUGUGAAGGGCAUCUGGAAGAAGAAGGCUCCCAACAAAGCCCUUUUCUCCAUUUUGGGCAAGAGUAACCUGCACUUUGCUGGCAUGAGCAUCGCUGUCAACAUCUCCGUUGAUGGGCUGAACCUCAUGAUUCCCACCACGCGCCAGAUCAUCGCCAACCACCACAUGCAGUCCAUCUCCUUUGCCUCCGGUGGGGACAUGGAUACCACGGACUAUGUCGCCUAUGUCGCCAAGGACCCCAUCAACCAGAGAGCCUGCCACAUCCUGGAGUGCUGCGAGGGGCUGGCGCAGAGCGUCAUCAGCACGGUGGGACAGGCCUUUGAGCUGCGCUUCAAGCAGUACCUGCACAGCCCCCCCAAGGUGGUGGUACCCCCAGAGAGGGCGCUGGCUGCAGAGGAAUCAGCCUGGGGGGAGGACGAGGAGGCGGCUGAGCACGACUACUACAACAGCAUCCCAGGGAAGGAGCCUCCCCCGGGGGGCCUGGUUGACUCCCGGCUCCGACACAGCACAGCCCUAGGCCACGUCCGCACUCAGCCCUGCAGCUCUGUCCCCCCCAGCCAGUCUUGGCCAGCGGUGAUGGCCGUCCUCGCAGGCCAGCCCUGCGACGGGUACCUGCAGGCGGAUGGCCACACCCUGGGGCCACGGGACUACGAGGAGCACAUGUAUGUGAACACGCAGAGCCUGGACGCCUGGGAGCCAGAGCUGGUGGCUCAUGGGGCGGCAGAAGAGAGCCCCAAAAAGGACCUCUUUGACAUGAGGCCAUUCGAGGAUGCCUUGAAGCUCCACGAGUGCAUUGCAGGGGGUGGCACCAGUCCCCCCAUCGAGGACCAGUGGCCAAGCCCCCCCACACGGAAGGCCCCCAUCGCCCCCACGGAGGAGCAGCUCCGGCGGGAGCCCUGGUACCACGGGAAGAUGAGCCGGCGGGAUGCCGAGAGGCUGCUGCAGAUGGACGGGGACUUCCUGGUGCGGGACAGCCUCACCAACCCGGGGCAGUACGUGCUGACCGGCAUGCACAGCGGGCAGCCCAAGCACCUGCUCCUGGUGGAUCCCGAGGGAGUGGUGAGGACCAAGGACGUGCUGUUUGAGAGCAUCAGCCACCUCAUCAGCCACCACCGGCAGAAUGAGCAGCCCAUCGUGGCAGCAGAGAGUGAGCUGCACCUCCGCCAGGUUGUACAGAGGAAGCAGUGAUGCCAAGGGGGGAGAUCUUGUGGUCCCUGGCCCUGCAGGUCCUCCCUGGUUGCUGCCUACCUCCAUCGUCUGCAUGGGGCACCCUGCCCAGCUGGACACAAAGAUGUUUAAUUCCACACAUACAGGUGAAACGCUGUUGGGGUGGGAACUGCUUGGUGGCCUCAGCAGGAGGGAUGGAGCCUGAAGCCAUCUCAGGCAGGGCUGCCCCCCACUUGCCCCAGCACUGGAAUGGAGGCUGGUGGACAUUGCUGUAGCCCCCGGCUUGGCUCUACCCAUGGGGCCAGGCACGACCAUCUCUCGGACGCUGGUGCUGUUUGAUGUUCCUGUUGAGGACAUCCCUUUUCAGCCGGAUUCUCCCCAGGAGUGGCUUCCACAUGAUGCUCCCUAUGGCCCCAAGCCCUUACUGAUCUCUCCAGGCCAGGGCCAGGAUGGAGCUACUGUGGGAAGGUGCAGGGCAGGGCUGAGCUGCUGGCACUGCUUCACGAGGUGUCCCAUGGCCCGUGGGGGCUCCUUGGCCAGUUCGGGGCUUUGGCAGGUUUUUAUGUCACUCACAGCCCCAUUUACCUGCCCUGUGUCUGGUGCUGGGCACGGGUUUGUGGUUUGGAAUACAUUUCUAAUUAAAGCUGGAAAUGAGCAAGGUGGUUCAUGCCACCUCUGGGCAUGGUGCUGGGACAGAUCUCCAUCACCACCAGUUCCUGCUUGGUCUCACCUUGGCCAACCCAUCCUGUCCAGUCACACUUGUCUCUGCCCCUCUGGGUCACCCUGUCUCCCAUGGAUCACCCAGUGUCCCCCUGGCUUCAGAGUGGCCUUUGGCACCCAGGCCUGGCCCUGCACAGCCUCUCCUCCUCACACCUGGCAGCUCCCUGCCCUGCUGGCUCCUGCUGCCAGCUCCCCUCCUGCUUCCACCUGGAGCAGCACGUGGCCACCCACCCCUGGGCCCCUUGGGGUGGCUCUGAGUGGCAUAAGCCAAGCUGUGACCCACUAGUAAGUGUGGCAGCCAGCAGAGCCAGAGCUGCAGGUGGGCCUGGCUGUGGCUCCUGUGCUACAGGUGGGCAGCAGCCAGCUGGGGAGUCCAGCACCAAUCCUGGCUGCUGGUGGCCUGUCCUGGCUUUGCUCCAUGUGCCCAGUGCUGCUGCCAGCACCCACCUUUGGGAGCAGGGUCACCCCAGCACCCUCAGCCCCUCGCUGGGGAUCGCCUCUACCAGACAAGGCAUCCAGGCUGGCCAGUGCUGGCUGAGCCAAUGAAUAAAAUAAGCCCCUAAAUAAAGCCCAGUAAUGAAUGCGUAA